GGUAUUUUGAGGUUGAAUUUUGAGUAAGCAGAAGGGGAAGGGAAAUUCAGGUAAACCCAGAAGGAGCAAUGACUUAGGGGAAGGAGGAGGAACAGCGGGUAAGAGGUGGCAGCUGCUCGUCCGGAGAUGGUAGAAACAAGGUCAGACAGGCAGGCUGGGGCCCAAGUUUGGGAGCAGAGGACCCGGAGGCAGGCUGAAGGCUCUGUUGGCUCCCGAAGCAUGACAGCCAUGGAAACUCUCCCUGCAAGUCAACACCCAAGGUCAGAAGUCACUCCUCCACCCAGCGAGCCUCUCUGGGAGAACGUUCCCCUGGAGAGCAAGCAGCCCAGUUGAGAAAGCCAGGCUGUCCUCCGCGAUCCCUGGGCACACUCAGCGGUGCUUCUGUUCCUCUCGCUUUCAGCAGACUCCUCCGCUGCUGACGCAUCCUAGAGGGGACCCCAAAGGGCAGCAUGACCCACGCCAACCUGACCCUCGUCCACCCUGCGGUUUUUGUCUUACUGGGCAUCCCUGGGUUGGAGGCUUAUCACCUCUGGCUGUCGGUACCCCUCUGUUUCAUGUACGUCACUGCCGUCCUGGGCAACAGCGUCCUGGUAGCGGUCAUCACCACAGAACGUCGCCUUCACGAGCCCAUGUACUUCUUCCUCUCCAUGCUGGCCGCCACCGACAUCUUGCUGUCCACCACCACCGUCCCCAAGGCCCUAGCCAUCUUCUGGUUCCAUGCUCACGCCAUUGACUUCGAGGCCUGUGUCACCCAAGUUUUCUUUGUCCACACGAUGUUUGUGGGGGAGUCAGCCAUCCUAUUAGCCAUGGCCUUUGACCGCUUUGUGGCCAUCUGCAACCCCCUGCAUUAUGCCACCGUGCUCACGUGGCCUGUGGUGGGAAGGAUUGGUCUGGCCAUUGUCACCCGAAGUUUCUGCAUCAUCUUCCCAGUGAUCUUCUUGCUGAAGCGGCUGCCGUUCUGCGGGACCAACCUCAUCCCCCAUUCCUACUGUGAGCACAUCGGCGUGGCCCGCUUGGCCUGUGCCGACAUCACCGUCAACAUCUGGUAUGGCUUCUCGGUGCCCAUCGUCAUGGUCCUCUUCGAUGCCAUCCUCAUCGCGGUGUCGUACUCCCGGAUCCUCCGAGCGGUGUUUCGUUUGCCCUCCCAGGACGCCCGGCACAAGGCCCUCAGCACGUGCGGUUCCCACCUCUGCGUCAUCCUCAUGUUUUACGGUCCGUCCUUCUUCGCGUUACUGACCCACCGCUUUGGACGGAACGUACCUCGGCACGUCCACAUCCUGCUGGCCAAUCUGUACGUGGUGCUGCCGCCGAUGCUCAACCCCAUGGUCUACGGCGUGAAGACGAAGCAGAUCCGGGAGGGGGUGGCCCGCCGGCUCUUCCGCAUCCGGGUUUGGUGCUGUGCUUCCCCGCUGGGCUGAGGGCUCCCCUCGGAGGCCCACUCCCAGCUGCAGGCGUGAAGCACAGAGAUUUCCUAGACCGAGAAGCUUUUCCCCUCACUUCCUCUUCCUUCUUCUUCUUCCUCCUCCAC